CUUCCGCCGCCAUUUUAGAGGCGCAGCCGCCUUUCCAAGAUGGCGCUGGCCAGCGUCCUCCGCUCCUCCGAGCUCCCGGCCCUUCCUUCCCCUUUCCCUCCGCUCGCCGCUCCCCGCGAUGGCUCCGGCUUCCCGCAGGGUUUCGCUACCCCUGCCUGGGGCGUCCAGAGCUCCCUCCCCGGGCCUGGUUUGCAUCUGCUGCACGGUACCACCACGCUGGCCUUUAAGUUCGACCACGGCGUGAUCGUGGCGGUGGAUUCGCGAGCCACGGCGGGUUCCUACAUCAGUUCGCAGACGGUGCGUAAAGUCAUCGAGAUCAACCCUUACCUUUUGGGCACCAUGGCGGGGGGAGCGGCCGACUGCAGCUUCUGGGAGCGGCUCCUGGCCCGGCAGUGUCGCGUCUACGAGCUGAGGAACAAAGAACCCAUUUCGGUAGCCGCCGCUUCCAAAUUGCUAGCCAACAUGGUCUACCAGUACAAAGGCAUGGGGCUCAGCAUGGGCACCAUGAUCUGCGGAUGGGACAAGAGGGGGCCAGGUCUGUACUACGUGGACAACGAGGGGACGCGCGUGCCGGGCCGCGCCUUCGCGGUAGGGUCGGGUUCGACGUACGCUUACGGGGUGUUAGAUCGCGGUUACCAGGCGGGGCUGGAGGUGGAAGCCGCCUGCGACUUGGCGCGACGCGCCAUCUACCAAGCGGCCCGUCGCGACGCUUAUUCGGGGGGUCGGGUCACCGUUUAUCACAUCGGGGAGAACGGUUGGCGACGCAUUUCCACCGAUAACAUGGCCGAACUUCAGGAACGAUACGCCGGAGAGGAGGGGAACGCCUGAGCGGGGGGGGUGUGUGUGUGUGUGUGUGUGUGGGGGAAUACAACGCAAAAAAUCGUGGUUUUGGUGAAAA